AUGCAGAAGAUCCGUCGGGAGCUGGGUGUGAUUGAGAAAGCGACGGGGCAGCAUGGAUGGCUCGAGAUUCCAGCGAUCGAUGCACUGGCUCACGAUAGCGAACUGUCUCGACUAGGCCACGCGGCGGAGAUUCAUGUAUCGAUCUUUCGGCGUCGGUUGGACUACCUAGAGCAUCAUCUUAAUUUGAGUCAGCAGACACUCAACGAGUUGGAAAAUUUAAUCUCAAGCGCCGUUGGCUUGCCAGUGGGUCUGAAAAGGGAAUACGAACAGUGGCUUCGAAAUCUCGCGAUGCAAUUCCAACUGCGACAGGUCGAUCUGACUUACUACCAGCGACGAGUGGAUAAUCAAAUAACGGCUAUAUAUGGAUUGCUGUCGCAACGCGACAAUAUGCUCGGUGUGUCCGUUGCCAUCGAAUCGAAGAAGAUUUCUGAAGCGUCUAAGCGCGAUGGAUCUUCUUUGAAAUCGCUCACCGUGCUUGCGACACUAUUCUUCCCGGCGAGCUAUAUAGCUACCCUUUUCACCCUUCCCCAUUUCACCAAAACACCGUUGUGGGUGUACUGGACCGUCGCGGUCCCUUUGACCCUCCUUGUAUUCAUCUCUUGGUCUAGUUGGACGUUCUACCGCCAACGGCGGAUUGCGCGAGAGACAACCGAUCAGGAGAUCAAUCGUGAUGUGGAGCUCGAUCCAGAAGUUGCGUUCGCGUCGUCAUCGAAUGCAGCAUCUUCGACGUUUCUGGUCUCCACGCUUCGACAGAUCAGGUCUCAUACGAAGGCGUUGAAUCAUUCGUCUGUUUCGUCUAGAGACGAGGCCAAAGGGGUGGAUGUUGGAGGUGGGCUUGGGAUGUCGCGUCAGUCAGAGGGUUGA